CGCCUCAUGUCGGUGUCCCAGAUCACGCCCACGCUGUUCCUGAGUGGCUCCGAUGGCCCCCUCAACGCGGCGCUGGUCUCCCAGAAGGGCAUCACCCUGAUCGUCAACGCCACACUGAGCCACGCCUGCCCCGCCUACCCGGGGGUGGAGUGUGUCCGGGUGCCGGUGGCCGACCUGCCCAGUGCCCGCCUAGGGGACCACUUCGACCGGGUGGCUGAACGCAUCCACGCCAACCGUGCAGGAGGCACACUGGUGCACUGCGCUGCUGGUAUGAGCCGCUCACCGGCGCUGGUGAUGGCGUACCUGAUGCGUUACAGGGCCGUGACGCUCCACCAGGCGCACCGCUGGGUGAAGGAGAGCCGGCCGUACGUCAGGCUGAACGCCGGCUUCUGGGACCAGCUGCUGCAGUACGAGAGGCGUCUGUACGGGAAGAACACUGUCAGAGUGGCAGCGCCUGAAGAGACGCCGCCACCGCUGCCGCCGCCACGGACAUCGAGGUUGUUGAGGUCAGUUCCACCACAGCAGCAGAUGAACUGGUUAACGACAGCACACAGAACACCACUGAUGACAUCAUCACCACUGAUGACACGAUCACAACGGAUGACAUCAUCACCACUGAUGACACGAUCACCACUGAUGACAUCAUUACCACCGAUGUCACGAUCACCACUGAUCACACGAUCACCACUGAUGACACGGUCGCCACUGAUGACAUCAUCACCACUGAUGUCACGAUCGAAGCAAAUGACAUCAGCAAACAAAUCAAGAAGAGGAACCAAAUCCAGCAGCUUCAACGUCUGA